UUUGGGUUGGUAGCAAUGGCAACUACAAGUUAUCUUUGCCACUUGUCAGUUGCGUUUCGGUGUAUUUUCCUGUGAUGUUGAGGUUAUGAUAUUUGUUGUGUCGGCAGCUGUGGACUACUUCAUGACUUCUGUAAUAUACGAUAUUGUUUGGUCGCGUUUUGGGAAUCUUCUAAAGGUGUUUUUGUUUCUAAGUGAAAAAUGUGAUACCUGCAAUCUCGCAGCCAUAUGUUCUCUACAUGUUAUAUCUCGUCUUAAGAAAUAGAAUGUGAUAGUGUUUCUGAGAAACACCGGCUUCGUAUGCUGUAUGUGUGUGCUGCCUUAUUACUUUAUGUAAUAAUUAUUUUGUAACAAUGGAAUGCGUCACCACUGGGAGUGAAGAUGUUGAUAGUUCAGAGAUACAGGAUAAACCCACGGGUGAAAGAUGGGCCCCUCUGGGAGCUAAUGAUACUGAUGAAGCCUCGUUUUAUGAUCGUGAAUUAUGCAACCGGUAUUGUAGCCCUGAAGCAGAACGGCUUCAGGAUUUGGAGGAGCAGCAGGAGUUACUUAAUUCAUCACUUAUUGCUUUGACAACUCACUUUGCCCAGGUUCAGUUCCGUUUAAGACAAAUUGUCGAAGCACCUCCUAGUGAAAAAGAACAUUUGUUGAAAGAUUUGGAAGCAUUUGCAUUCAGGGGAAUUCCAGAAGUACAAAGUGUAAAAACAAGUCAUUCCUUAUUAACGUGCAGUUCUACAACUGGAGAUGAUUUGGAAGAGAAGAUGUUGGCUCAAAGAGCUAAACAAAAGGAACUUAUUUCACAACUGAAGACACAGCUGGAAGACUUAGAAAAAUAUGCCUAUGAAACUGGAGAAGCAGGAUUACCUCAGAGUGUUAUAAUGGAACGACAGCGUGUUAUUAUAGAUCAGUUGAAAGGAAAGUUGAAUCUCGAUGUUGAUGAUAUGUCACAAAUGAGUGUUGAAGAUCUGAGGCAUCAAGUCGACUGUGCUAUUAGUCAGUUGAUAAACCCUCUGAGGAUGAAGGAACACUUAGUAACACAACUAAAAACACAGAUAUCUGAUCUGGAACGAUUCAUAGAGUUCCUUCAAGGUGAAGGGACUCCAGAUGUUCCUUCCAAACGGAAGGAUUGCGUUUGCAAGUGCGCCAUUCAUGGUAAUCAUUCUUCCACAGUUUCAUCUGCCAAAAGGAAAUCUACAUUGAAACAUGAUGAAGAGAUUCGAGCAGAAACAAUAAAUAUUAUGAAAAAAGCAGCCACUCUUCUGCAAAUGUUUGCAGCUGUGCAAUUCGGUUGUGGCUCUGACCAUUUCAGAAAGAAUUCUCUGAAGAAAACCAUGAAAGCAAAUCAUUGGGGGGAUCUACGUGCUCGUUUAGAGAUGGCUGUUAAUAGAGUGCUUGAACUUGUUGCAAAUCCUAUCAAACCUUUAGAUAGUGACUAUGCAUCAGAUUCGGAUGAUGGACAAGUGCUAAUGUGCAAUGCUCAAUUGACACAUGCUGUUAGAAAGCAAUUGACCUCGAGCAUCAGAGAUCUCAUGCAACAUGGGUUGAUGGCAGUUGGGCAGAGUGUAAGUGUGGUUCCUUUUAUGGGUUGUUUUCCCCAUAUUGGUCAUGGAGGGAACAAGCCUAUGCAUGCUUGGGAACUUAUAUUGAAGUAUUAUGAGAUGAAAAAUGGAGAAAAGUACAAUUCAACUCCUGCGAGGAAAUUGUCUCAGAGUUUCAAUUUGGAUAUAAAUAUGCUGAGUGUAAUUGGCAAUAUUAUUAAUAUGCACACACAGUAUAAAAGAAGUUAUGAUUCACAUUUAAAAGCAUUUAUAUGUGCAGCAUUAAAUUCAAAGAAGUUGGUGACAUGGUUGCGUCUGAUAAUUCGAUGUCAGAAACUUACUCAAAUGUAUUAUCAAUCUUGGAGUUACAUUGUCAGAACAGGAGCUGAAGAUAGUUUUGAGAGUCUGGAUAAAUUGACUCCUUAUAAAUUUGAUCUACCUGUGGACCUAGCUGUUCGUCAAUUUCAGAACAUAAAAGAUGCCUUUUAAUGUAAUUAUAGUUGGAAUAUCCAGAUUGUAGAGAAAGUUGAAUGAGUACAUUUAUACAGUCUGAAGUCUUCACAAAUUGGGUAUUGUUUGUGAAAUUAUUUUGCAAUGUCAGUUCCUGAACUGUUAUGGGACUGCAUUGUACAUCCAGAAAGUACCUUUACGUUGUAGUGAAGUUAAGCAUGCCUUUUGAGUUUGUUUGUUUGUUUAUUUAUUUAUAUUGUAAUAUUAGUUGUCUUUCAUAUCAUUGUUGAACUGACAAAAAACUUGUUGGCUAUAAGAAUUCUAGUCAUCAGAUUCUUUUGUUUUAUUAUGACAUUUUUAACUUCUUUAAAACUUGUCAAUUGACUUUUGACAUUCCAUACAAAAUAUGAUGAUUGCAGUGGUCUCUAUUUAAUUCAAAAUUGGACAAAAAAUUCUAAAUUUACAAACAAAUCCAUUUAAUAAAAUAAAUCUGUUAAAGUAAAUAGAUUUAAACAGAUAAAGCCAGUAGGUACUGAGUAGUUUGUAACCAGCAACUCUAAACUUUAGGACUAAUAUAUUUUAUUAUUAUCAUCCAAAAUAUAAACACUUUAGUGCUUAAAAAUUUGAGGAAUGUGAAAUAUUAAUGACUUAUUCUAUCCCUGCAGUUUAACUGCAGCUUAUGUUUGUGCAAUAAACAACAACAGCAAAAAUAACAUAUUUUCUCAACAUUGACAAUGCCAUUUCUUCCUCUGGGUGCUGUGGUGUGUUGGAACCAUUUGCUCAGCAACAAUUUGGAAUUUUAUUACAAAUAGAAUUAAUCAGAGUCCACUGUAAAAGGUAUGGUCAUUAAAAUGAUGCUUUUGAUUGGAAUAUUGCUACAAUUGAGUGUAUAAUAAAGACGAAAAACGUAUGAAAAGAACCUACAGUCAUGUUUUUGUGUUCAUAAUUAAUGGAAUGAUUGAAGGUUCUAUUUUGAUAACAAAGAAAUAUUUUGACAUCCUUGUCCGACCUGGUUUAAGAAUAUAUGUAGAAAUUUUCUGAACUCCAUAUUUGGUUACUAUUUGAAGUUUAGUACUAUGUCUUCAGAAAAUUGUUCCUCUGUACAUGCACAACUAACCACCUUGAUUGAGCUUCCAUCUCCAUUAAUCUUUUUUUCUAUAAUCGAUUGAUUUUUACAUAAGGCAGUGUAAAAAUUCCCUCUUUUGAGCGGCCACCAGGUUCCUGCAGCCAGCAACUAGGCACAAUUUGUAGAUUGACCUCUAUUAAAUGGUACAUCUACAGAUUUUGAACUAUAAUAAAAUAAAAAGAAGAAGAGUUGUGUGUAUACGGUUUAUGUAGUAUCAUCUUGCGAUGUGACUCAUUGGCAGAUUACUUGGGAUGGUGACAUUUACAUUUGCUCUUUCGGCAGGUAGGUUAUUUUGCGUUUAAGGAAAAACAGAUGAAUUUAAUACAUGUGCCCAUAAAAUAACAAUGCAUGUAUUUCAGUAAUUCUGAAACUUCGGUACGAAAUUUGCUAACCCCUUUUCUCUCUCUGAGGGAACUUAUCAAUGACCAUCACAGCAUGCCUUGUGAGUGAAAUUGAUUUCGUGGUCCUCUGGGAACUAUUUCUUAGGACAGUUCAGCUCACAGAGUAUGAAUUGCAUUUUGAAGUCUUAGUUUGCUUGAGAGUUGGGCUUGAGUGGGAUGGAAAGCGUAUUUCAAGAGAAAGAGAAGGUCCAAGGAUGUUUGACACUAGCCCAAAGAAAACCUGUGAUCCUAGGAAAUGAGAAAAGUUUCAUCUACUAAACAUACUGACAUUUUUAAUUACUAAUAGAUACAAAUAAAUAAAAUUAAAAAUGAAGAAACAAAGGGCACAUUUUUGUUUAGUUUUGAAAUCUCCACUGACACUUACGAUAGGUAUUACAUAUUAAAGAAUGUGCUAAAAUGACAAGAUGAACAAAGAGGAACUUACAUAUUCUUUUUUGAACACAAUUUUCAAUUAUUUUUAAUUGACUCUUGCCAUAGUUAUCAACAUGCAAAUAAUAUUGUUAUAAAUUAAAAUCCAUAAUGCAUGCAACAUUUGAAAACUCAAUUAUUGUGCAAAAGGAAUUACUCCUCUUGCAAGGACUCAUGGACUGAACUUAAACUUCUGAGAAGUUUCAUUUACCCUCUUCAUUUAUACUAAAUAAUAUUUUAUGAUAUUUUUUAUGAAUUCUGUGGCUGCUGGGUAAAAAUUCUAAAGUAGAUAAGUUUAGUAAAAACUUAUAACGUGUGACAGCAUAAUGUUUUGUUGCAUUUCACUCUCAAGUAUCAAAUCGUGGAUUUGCUAAAUAUAUUUAAAAUCCCUUGGUUGUUGUUGACUCAGGUCUGACAAGGAUUUAUAGAACUGAUGUAUGGUACAUUAAAAUCUCAUUUAGUUAAUAUAAUUUAUUCAAAGAACUUCUUUUAAUGAUUGUUAUGGUAAAUGUAUUACUUUGUUUGUAAAAUCUGUGAACUAAGGGAGGAGUUGUAAUAUUUUUGUGUGCAGAAUUUUGAUUAUAGUACUUAAUCAUAUAAUGGUAUUUAUGAGAAAAAACUAGAAAAAUGACUGUUCAUGAUUAUGCACCAAAUUCUAGAAAAUUGUAUGUUCAGUAAUCAUACAUGUAAUAUUCUUGUCUAAUAUCCAAGGAAUGGUCUGCAAAAUAUAACUUAUAUUAUUCAUGGAGUUUCUUUGAUUUAAAUAACACACAAGUCCUGUAAAUGAGUUUUGGAAAAUUUACUGUGAUUCUUUUGGAAAAGAAAGAACUUUGCUGUUCAAUAAAUUUACUUAGAAGAGAAUGACAAGAGAGUGAGCUGUUUGUAGUUUUCCAUAAUCUCCUGGAUACAUACUUUUAUGGGUCAAGUUCUUGGAAGCCAAACUCUAUACAAAUAAUCAUUGUUACUCUGCUUCUAUUCUCCAUGACCUUGAGAUUGCUAGUUGAUGACUCGGGGUAUGUCAUAUUGAUCGGAUUUUAAGGUUUUCAGAGUCAUCUUUAUGGAAAAAAGUAUUCUCAAGAAGCCAAAGAAAAUUCACAGAAAUAAGUUUCAUUAAAAUAAGGAAAAUCAUUUAUCUUGAAAUUGAUGGCAAAUUAUUUUUCUCCUGUUUUUUUAUGUUGCUGAAUAUGGAAACUGCUGUAACGCUUUUGACAGUGGUGCUAACUCAACCAAAGAAACCAAAUUUUAAAGUCAUAUAAAUACUGAUUCAAGGAAACAUCAUUAAAUGUUGACAUUGUUAUGGUAGUGUUGGAUGGUGCUUUUAUAUAUUGGUGCAUUAUCAUUGAACAAUCAUCUGUUGUAAGAAAUUUCCUUUUUUGCCUCUUUCUGUUGGUAAUUCAUGGUACAGGUAAAUUGUAAUUGUUAAUAGCUACUGAUCUGUUUGGUAAAUGGAUGUAUUGGUAUGAUCAGAAGUAUCUUUAUCUUUAAAACCUGAAAACACUGUAACCAAUUUAAAUUAUAGGUAACCAACCAAUCUUGUCAUAGGAUAGUUAUAUUUUGCAUCUUUGCAGAAUACAUUGCAGAAACAAAAUUGAAAUUCAGGAAGUAAUAAUAAAGCAGUAGAAUUCUUCAAGGAGUCUUAAACAUGUAUGUUUUCUGGACCUGUGCUUCACAGCUUAUAGAAACAUUUGCAUCCGUUGUAGCAAGGCUUUUUUAAUACAUUGUGCGACUCUUGCACUUUUGAAUUGUGAAACUGUGGCAUUGUGCCAUUAUUAAAUCUUAAGUUACUGGGCUUUGUUGUUUUUACGUUAACUUUAGUAAAAUUAAUGUUUAAUACCGAACAUUUGGAAGGAUUCAGUAGACCUGAUGUUGAUAUUAAACACUAUUAAAGCAAAAAAUUAUCACAUAAAAGUGUUCACAAUUUGACUGAUGAGAAAUUUGUAUGGUAUUUAAAUUUGUCAAGUACAAUUGUUAUUAAUAUGUUUUCUUUAAUGAUACAUCAUGUCUUUAUGUUAAUGAAUGUUAAGUUAUUGCAUUCAACAACGAAUCAUUAAUCUCAUUUACUUGUGUAAUACUUACAAAGACCUUACAUUGCUGAAGAACUAUGCCGCCUGCCACCUGUGACCAUCAGGCUUAACUCCCUCCCAAAAUGGAAGAAAAAGAAUAAAAGGAGAAGAAAAAAUUAAUCACAUUGUGUGAUCAAGUCGUGCUUGCCUUUUGGAAGUUGCAAAUGUUAAGUAUACCAAUUUUACAUUUGUGGUAUAAAAAUUAAAUAGUUGAUAUUAAAUUGUUCAUUGUUGUGUGUGGUAGAAUCAUUCUAAAAUUUUGUGAACAGGUUAUACAAAAUGUUACAUUAAAAGGCCAUCAGUUUUGAUUGUUAUUGUAUCAAAUGUUAACUUAUUGACCUCCCUUCAAAAGAAAAUUCUGAUGAUGGCACUGAAACAACAACAACAACAACAACAACAACAACAACAACAAUAUUUUGCAUGAAUUUUGUGUUGAUAAAAACUG